CGACGUUCGCAAUUAUGGGCGAGGUGAUCCGUGUGCUGCUGCUCAAUCCACUGACGGGCGUCACAUCGCUCGUGUGUCUGCAGCGCCCACUUGAGUGGGAAGGCGUGCUGAGUGACUUCUACCAAGUCAUCACCAACUCGGACGACGACCCGGCGCCAAGCAUCCUUGCCAAGUGCAAAGUGCUGCUACACCCUACAAAGUCGAAGAGCGAGAAAGGCGUCGUGAUUCGGAAGAACGCUCUGGAUCGGUCCAUUCGAGACGGAGAUCUGCUGUCUCUGGAAGGAUUCCGACUCGAUGAGACCACAGGACCGCCACCCGAGCUGCUGGACAUUAUGGACACGCUGGAUUUUGAUGUUCCCGUCGAUUUUGGCACGGGAUUGACCCCAUCGGACAGCUUGAACCUAACCGGAAAUGAUGCAGCGGCCAAGGUGACGCCUGAACCCAUGAUUAAACCCAUGAUUAAGUCUGUGGGACAGAUUCAGCCUCCUGCUGGAGUCUCACGGGGGAACUCUCGCAAAUCAAAGCGUGGCCGCAGCUUGUCGUCCAAGUUCUGGCUCGUGAAUAAACUUGCAGCAAGUGGCAAGAUCAGUAAAGAGCAGAAGGACUCGCUUAAGAUGCUACUCAUUGCGUCAGAUGAUUCCGCGCUACACAAGGCUUUCGAACACUACGAGGAGACUGGAGACCUCGACACACUCUUGAACCUGCAGAUAAACUCGAAAAAAUCGUUCGAUGGCCUGCCGCCGCUCUCCACUGAAGCCUUCGACUUCCAGCUCACGCAAAACAUUGAGAACGAGUUGGAUCUGCUGUCCAUGCGAAGCUUCAAUGUUAGUGGUGCUCCUGGAGCCGCAAACUCGCCCAUAAACCAGGCUAUUUCUCCUGCCACCAUGACAUCAGUGAACAGCGAAAGCAACAGCAGCGCUGCUACUGGCAACGAACCGAUCCCGUUUUCAAGCGCGAACGGAGACCUUAUGGACCCGUUAGAUGUGCUGUUAGAACCCUCGCUGGAGUCGCUGCCUAUGCCUAUUGGUCAUGGCGGUGACCAGAAUUUGCCGUCUGCGCUACCUGGUGACCUGCAUGGCAUGGAGGAAUGGCUUAAGGAUUAG